UAAAAAUUCUCAAACAUGGAGAUGAAUGAAAUUGUAAAAGAUAUUUUUGGGCCAGAUGUAUUCUUAGGUCCUACAUAUAAGAAAUCUAAUGAAGAAACUGUGAAUUCUUCAGGAGUGUCAAAUAGUUUAGAUUUGGUAAAUAAGUAUAUUGGAAGUACCCUGUUAAAAAAUGCUCCAGUGGGAAAUAUAGAAGACAAUAGAAUUGGUCGAAUUGGACCUAAUAUAGUCAGAUUUGAUAUGUCAACUCGUUCAGGACUUUUUUCAAUUUCUCCUGAUGGACUUAGUGUUAAAGCUAGAAGUAAUUCUACUACAGCAAGAGCAAAUACAGCAGUCUAUAAAGGAAAAUGGAUGUACGAAGUACAACUUGGUUCUAAAGGACAUAUGCAAAUUGGUUGGAGUACAGUUAAAUGUAAAUUCAAUCAGGAAUUUGGAGUUGGUGAUACUAUUAAUUCAUAUGCUUAUGAUGGGAAUAAUGUUAGAAAAUGGAAUGUAGCUGCACAUAAAUAUGGAGAAGAAUGGUUUGCAUGGGACAUUAUUGGAUGUGCAUUAGAUAUGGAUAAUGGAACUAUUGAUUUCUAUAGAAAUGGUAGAAAUUUAGGACGAGCAUUUGAAAAUAUAUCAAUGGGUCCUGGUUUUGCAUAUUUUCCUACAGUGAGCCUUACACAAACAUUAGGUUUAACAGCUAAUUUUGGUUCUACACCAAUGUGUUAUCCUAUAGAAGAAUAUGAACCACUGCAAGCAGCUCCAAAACAAGAAAUAGAUCAAGCUAUGCUUUUAUUUGAGUGGUUUCUAAAACUGGUAAAACAGAUAAACACAAAACAAAAUAUGAAUGAACAGACUAUGCUGCUUGAUGAAAAUAUAAGCAUGCAAACCUUCUUAAUGUGUCUUUCAAGUUCUGUUUUAAAACAUGUAGGACCUCUACUUACUAUGCCAUAUAUUACAGAACAUGUUUUAAUUCCAUUCAUGCAACAACUUUCUGAAUUAGAAACAGAUUCUCCAUCUGUGUUAUCAACUUGUUUAGAUUUAUUAUGGGUACUUCUUGAAGAGCAUGAAAUGAAGGCAUGUUUGGAAAGUAUAGUCCUUUUCUUACUGUCUACAUUCAGACAUGUAACUUCCUUACUUGAAUACCUUAAUUAUUGUAAAAAUGUACUAUUUUUGAUAAAAAUUUGUCAACAUAUAACGACGCGUCAAUAUUUAUUACAAUAUUUACUCUUCGAUCAAGUAAGGCUUCCACAUUUCUUAAAUGUUAAACCACCAGAUAAAAGAGGGCUGGCUGAUAUAGUUAACAAUGUUUGGUGGGAAAUGGAUCCUGUGCAUUCAAGAGUUGAAGCUAACAAAGAAAGUUACUUGGACGCGUGCAAGAUGAUUAAAGCUACUAUAUCUGAAGUGGAAACAUUACAAGUACAAUUACUAGUAACUCUUCUUGAUAAUUCUGAUGGUAAUGAAAGGAGACCAACUUCAAGAACUAUAUUUUUAAAAAAAUUUAAACGUUUUGUUCCAGUAGCAAACAAUAAUCCAGUACCAUGUACAUUAUGUUGUGCAUUUCGACUUCUGGCUGCAUUCAAAAUUUUAUGGGAUGCCGAAGUACGAACAUAUCCUGUUUAUGUACCUUGCAGGGUAUUCUAUGAUGGAUCAAUUGACUACUUGAGAACUGAAAGACUGGGUGGCGUCGUGUCUCAUUUAAACAAGACAUACAGAGAUGAAUUGGUACAGCGGUUGGGUCCUGAACAUGAAGUGAUUGUUACAAUGGGGCAGAAUCAAGAUUUAUCUAAUUCAUAUACUGGAUUGACAUUUGUCAGAGUGAUUAAUAUGAAUUUACUAGGUCAAGGAAGUUCAAUGAACUUUGAUACAACACCAUUACGCUUGAACUCUGUAGAUGCAACUACAUCUUUGCUAGAACUGCUUGACAGUAUUAUUUUAUUUUAUCAUAUAGUAGUGAAAAAGCGAUUGGCAAAAGUGGUACUUCUUAGGAAUAGCAUGUCAGAUUAUAUUUUUGCUAUUCAAGACAUGAUAACACGUCUAGAAGAAGUUAAAAAAAAAAAGGAUCCUGAAUCUCUAUCAAUUCAACAAGAAUUAUCAAGGACGAUAGACGUCUUUAACACUAAAUUGACAGACCAAGCAAGACAUAUGGUAUGGAUUCGUGCUGUUGUUUAUUCGGAAGAGAACCAGUCACAAUUAUCAUGGCUUUUAAAAGUGGUCACGUUAACAUUGAAAAACGCCAGUUUAGAAGGAAAUAUAUUUAGCUUUGUACCAGAUUUUUACUUAGAAGCAUUGGCCGACUUGUGUGUUGGUUUACGAAAUCAUAUGCAUCCAACGGCACAUAUUGAAAAGAUUCCAGACUAUCGAGAAACGUUUAUAAGCAUAGCUGAAUUUCUUUGCGAGCAUUUCAUGGAUUCCCGUAUAGUGAACGUCAAUUCAAAAACUACGUUACUUUUAACGCUGGCUGGAUUCGUGUUCAAUCCACUUACCUUGGAAUCUUUAGAAAAUGUACCUAAAAAAAGUAGAGUGAAACUUGUCACGAAUUUAUUAAAAUCAUACGAAAAUAGAGCAUGGGCCGAGUCAAAUUGGAUUCUAGUUAGAUUUUGGCAAGGUAAUGGUUUUGCCUUUCGAUAUGAAAAGAGCCCACAUCUUUCGAGCGGAAUCGGACUAAAACUAUUUCAACAAGAGUCGAUUUCUCAACCCAGAAAACCAUGCCCAUCUGUUGUAUACCAAGGCCACGUAAGGGAUGUAUUACUAAAAAAUCCACAGGAUACAACGACAUUCUUAAAUUCUUUGCUAAAUUUAUUGAACUGGACUUUUUCUGAGUUUAUUGGAAUGAUGCAAGAAAUUCAUAAUGGUUCAUCGAGACCUGAAAGAGUUUUCAUUGAAUCUAGACAACUAAAAAUCUGCGCUACGUGUUUUGAUUUAACGGUUUCUCUGUUAAGAGUUUUAGAGAUGAUUAUCACUGUGGUUCCAAAUAUCUUUAACAAUUCACCGCAGUCUUUCAACGAAAAUUUGUUGUUUAGAUUAUGUCAAUUACUUUGUCAAGUGUUAAAUAGAAUGAGUUCACAAACUAGUUGUUUCCAACAUGUUGUACUAUUGGAAAUUCCAGAUUUAGAAUCAGUGGAUCAUUUUCCAAUACUGACAGCAAUUACUGGUAUUUUGUUAGCAUUACUUAAAGAAGAUAUGACCAAUUUUAAACCAAAAUCUAUGACAGAAAUACCAAAGGUGACUCAAACUUUAUUGAUGGAACCAAGUUUUCAAAUGAAUACCUUAUAUCUCAUGUUAGGAGACUUUAAAGUUAAAAAUAACCAAGCAGAGAAUGUAAAAUUAUUUUCCUUAUUAAACUAUCCAAAUGAUGUAACGGAAGAAGAAAUACAAAAGCUGAAAGAAAUGAUUGAAUAUUUGGAUGACUGUCGGGCUAUUUUGCCCAAGUUAAAAAUUUUAAGCGAUAAUAGUGAUACUUGCACAAUAUGUUACGCGCAAUCCAUAGCCGUAACUUUUAAACCUUGUAAUCACCAAACAUGUCGUAUUUGUAUCGAUCGACAUCUUUUAAAUAGCAGAUCAUGCUUCUUCUGCAAAGCGAUAAUCGAGAAAGUCGUAGACCUCUCUGGCAACAUAUUACACGACUUUAGUAACAAAACUACAACCUCGAAAUAG